AUGAAGCGCCUAGGCACAGCCACCGCCUCGCCUCCAAUCCAGCCGCAGAAGCGCGGCCGCCCGCCCAAGCCGCGGCCCUCGGAAGACCAGCCGGCCAAGAAGAAGCGCGGCCGCCCGCCCAAGCACCGGCCCGCGUCGCCGCCGCCCGCCCCGCCAGACAGCGACCCAGAACCCGAUCCGCCGCCGCACAACCCACUGCAAGACACCAAGACCCAUAUCUUCCGCAAGGUGUUCACGCCGAAAAAGGGCGACGAAUGCGGCGGAAAGGGCGGUAAAGGGGGCAAGGGGAAGGGUGGUAAAGGCAAGGGCCAGGUCACCAUUAUCGAGGUGACCGCGCCCGAGUCAGGCGCUGACGAUGACGACCGCGACCGCGACCGCGACCGCGACCGCAGCGCCGAGAGACGCCACCAGGAGGCCAUCGCGCGCGUGUCGCCGCCGCGCGAGCCUGAUACGCUCACCAGGCGACGUGAAGCCGAGCGAAUCGCCAAUGAGAGAAUACAAGAACGCAUCUCCAUCGAGAGGACGGAUCACAGACGCUCCGCCGACCGGCUGCAGGCCGAGCGGCCGCCCAGCGACCGGGUCCCGCUCGACCGGACGCCCAACGACCGGAUACAGGUCGACCGGACGCCCACCGACCGGUUACAGGUCGAGCGGACGCCGAACGACCGGUUACAAGUCGAGCGGACGCCUACAGACCGGUUACAAGUCGAUAGGACACCGACCGAGCGCUUCCAAGUCGACCGGAUGUCGUCCGACCGGUUGCAGGUUGACCGGACGCCGACGGAACGGUUACAAAUGGACCGGACGCCCUCAGAGCGGAUACCGGUGGACCGGACGCCGAGCGAUCGGACGCCCAAUGAAAGACCGACGGAGCGGACGAGGCCUAUAGACCGUAUUCCGAGCCGGUUAUCGGGCAGCAUACCUGAAAGGCCGGAACGGGUUUCCGGCGAAAAGGUGUCGUACGAGAAAAUGUCGUCUCACGAUCGUCUGUCGAGUGACAAGAUCGAUCGCAAGUCGUCCCACGAGAGAAGCGAGAAGAUGUCUCGGCUCUCCGACGACAAGAUGUCCAUCGAGCGUCUGCACGAGGAGAAGAUUGAGAGGUUAUCCCACGACGUGAAAAUGGAGCGGGAGUCGAAGCUGGAGCGCGUGGCGGGCGACAAGGCGGAGCGCUUCGUGCGCGCCGAGGCCGACGUCGGCGUCGUCAAGCCCGGCCGCGGCUCCGAGCGGCUGGAUGACGCGCCCAACCCUGAGAGACCCUGGAGAGGCUCUAAGCGGCUCGACGACGUGCCCAAACGUUUACACAGUGUACACAGCUUUAUACUGGAGCGCGUGGCGGGCGACAAGGCGGAGCGCUUCGUGCGCGCCGAGGCCGACGUCGGCGUCGUCAAGCCCGGCCGCGGCUCCGAGCGGCUGGAUGACGCGCCCAACCCGCGUGCGCGGCUCCUCGUGCGCGUGCCGCUAAGCCGCCUGCGCGCGGACACGUUGCGCGCGCUGCAACGCGCUCCGCCGCGCCGCGCCGCGCCCAAACGUUUGCCCACGCCGCACCAGGAACAGGGAGGAGCAGUGGCCGCGACGAACCACGAGCGGUCGGGCGCGUGCGGGCAGACGCCCAUCUACUACUCCUACUUCGAGCGCCAGCCGGCCGACGCGCUCAGCGACGAGGAGCGGGACCACAAGUACUACUUGGAAGAAGCGACGCGCCUCCGCACGGCGGCCGAGCGCGAACAAGGCCCACUAGCCCGCGUCAUGCUGUACCUAGAAAGUGUACUAUGCUUCGUGCUGACGGGCCGCGUGCUAGAGCUCGAGCUGGAUACCAAGGGCGCGUUCACGGUGUACCGCGAGACCAUCGAGUACAUCAAGUCCAUUCACUCCAUGCCACAGCGCUUUAGAGCGUCACCGCACUCUACGUUUAGCAAGCUGGACAUACUCAGCCUGCGAGUGCAAGCACUUCUAUACCUGCGGAUGUUCAAAAUGUACAACCGCGAAGUCAAGGAAUACAACAAGAUUGUCACCGAAUACCAACAAAAGCCCGCAAGCGCGGAAUCAGUCUCAUCGGUAUCCCCACUAUCUCCGUCGCCUUCUCCCGCCGGCUCGCUCGGGUCGGUAGGCUCGGUCGGCUCGGUCGGCUCGGUCGGCUCGGCCGGCUCGGUCGGCUCAGGCGCGUCAUCAGGCUACUGUUCGUUGGCCCACAGCGUGCCGGCGGCGGCGCAUAAUGCCCUGUUGCAACUGACGAAGUAUUACACGUUUUUGUACGUCGCUUUGGAGCUGUGGGAGCAAGCGGAUUGCUUAUGCCGUCUGAGGCCUAAUCGAGAUCUGUUCAUAGCGGUGGACCGCAAGUGCGGGCCCCUCUCGCUGUCAUCCACGUUCCGGCACCUGGUCCAGUAUGUGCGUCACGCGAUAUCUCUGCUCAAAAGCUGCCCGCGCGAGUGACCGCGCCCGAUCGAACAUAACCACGUGAGAAUAGCGGCCGUACUAUACCCUGUCACAGUUCCAAAAUAUCACGUGACAAGUAACAGGUUAAAAUAUCAAGUGACCGGUCACGUGAUACCCGUACUGGCGGUUUUGUUUUGACUUCGACGCGAGAUUAUUUGAAACAAAAUCACAGUAUCAGAAAUAAGGAACGGUCGCUGAUAUUUGACGGCGGUGCCGCGAGACCAUGGAUCUACUUUGAAGCCAGUUUUGGCAUAAUUAAUACUUCUUGACAUUAAUUACGAUGGUGAUAGAUAGUUAGUAAUGUUGAAUGAAAUGUUCUGUGCAUUUAAAAAUUUAAAUCGGUUUUACUAACAAUAUCUCACAAUAUUGUUUCCAAAUCUCUAUCAUUAUUAUAUUAAAUACUUAUAAUUUAUUUCAUUAAUUUAAUAUUACCGAAAUGAAAAGAUAUUCUAUUUUUGUAUGGAAAUAUGAAUCACCGGACAUCUUGAUUAAUAAAAUAGUUUAAGCAAUACAUUACCUGGUUGCCACAAACAUGCGACUUGCGAUUUUUAAAAUCAAUUGGAUUGUAUGGGAGAGUAAUUUACGUCUUUUACAUUAUAUUUGUGAUAUACAUUCAUGCUAGAAUAGUUAUUAGAAGUAGUAUUUUGUCGAUGUGUUUGAAACGAUAAGUUGUCUUGUGGUUGUGACGUCAUAACUUUUGUGACGUAAGUUCUUAGUGGAUCUUUUGAAUCUUUGAAGCCGAAUAUCGAAACAUAUACAUAUUCCUUUGAGAAAUACUUAUAUUUUUGACGUCUAAUAUUUAGCGUAGCUGUGAUAUAUUUUGUAUUUUAUACUAUUGCGGCUAUUUUGCGAUAUUUACGCGAUUAAUAUUAAGUGUGUUUAUUUCGGUAUAUCGGUGACAGUGUUACGCUAGCUUGACUAUGACGUCACACGUUCGCCUUACGGGGAUGGCAUUAUUAUUUUAAAACUAUUUGGGGGUAUACAAAGGUUAUUAUAGGGCCAAUCGAAUUGCUGUGGCGCCUUUUUCUUGCAAUACUGCUUCUUAGUAAAAUUAAAGCACAAGGCUGGACGUGUAAUUCAUAUUUCCAUACAAAAAUAUUAUGAAACGGUCUCGAUAGUUUGCCAACAUCUAAUCAGAAUACAAAAGAUUGAAACUUACAGAAAACUAUUUUGUGUAUAUUCAUUAAUAUGUAUAUUUUUUCUACAUUUCAUUAUUAAACAAUUUGAAGAAUACGUAUUUUAAAUAUGUUUCUUUACACUUUCAGUAUGUGUUGACACAUUUCGUUUUUUGUUCUCUGGUCAGAUUUUGGCAAAUGCGUGACUAAUAUGGAAGGAAUUCAACAGAAACAUCAAUAUACAAGAACUUCUAAAAUAAAUAAGCAAUAGUAUUCUUAAUUUUACAGUUCAAUAAAUAUUAAUUUGGAAUCUUAAGAUAAUAUUUGAAGAAGGUACUUAGUUUUAUAAAUAUAACGAGAAAAAUAAGUGAUAAUUAAUGUUAAUAAGAACGCAAUACCAUCGGAUGUAAUUCCAGCGAAUGAUGUGAAAAGUUAUACGAUCUACAAAUUAUGCACGUCAAAAUUACUAUAAAGAGUUUUUAUUAAACAUCAAUCGUUCGUAUAAUUGUAGAUCUCUUUUUAUAUCAAACCCAUAGGCAUCAACAGAUUCCACCGUCACGUUAGUUACCCAACGUUAAGAGUAGCUCGACCAGUUGCGACUAGUCGCACGACCUGAUUGACCUUUAAGAGGAAACGUGGAGUCAAUAUCAUCCACAUACGUGAGCACUCGAGGUGAAGCGUAUGCGACUCGCGACAACAGCAGGUCUACUCCGAAUCGCUGUUUACGUAGUUUCGGGUCUAUCUGUCACUGUCGCUCAUGCUGGCAUCUUGCUUUGCGUGAGAGGGAUGGCAACAUUCGAAACUGUGUAACGUUUUUCGGAGUAACCCCGUAGCGAACCUCGAGCGGGCCAGCUGUGCGCUCACAGGACCCGAACACAGUCUUCGUGCUUCGUUCUCUUCCCAAAAUGAGACCAAAAAACUGUAUAAAUUGUAUGAAAGUGUGUAAAUAGCGCUUCGUUGCCUAGCAACGGGUACGCAUCGGGCCCCGCGCUCGGCUCUACUCGUAAGUUAUAGACUUAUCAUAUCUUAAGUGUUUUUCGUUGUAGUUCUUUUCCGUAUCAUUGAAAGUUCUACUGUCGGGAACACAUAAUACGAAUUGCUCGUUUCUUAGUGUAAUGGGAGCUAUACGACAAAACUGUUGUACGCAUGUGGGCCAAUCGAGUAUAUUAUUAAUAUCUCACUAUGUAUGGGAUCACUUGUAGUUCUUCGCAAUAAUUUUCUGAAUUUUUCGCGUAUACUUUCGCUUUAUUGAAUUUUUGCGAGUGUGAAAUUAGUAUGUGAGGUUUAAUUCGUACUUUUAGCUGUAAUUUAGUUCGGUUCGCUGUGCAUCGCGCGCGUCGCGGGGACACCAACGCUUACAAUAUCAGUUCCGAAGGAUUCCGUGCAUUAUUAUGAACAAUUCAUGUUCCUACGUAGUCUACGGUUAGAAGCAGAACAAUGAUUGAGCAAAACGUGUUAUGAAGAACAUUUUUUAUUAUACAUAUCAAAUGAUUUCGGUGACAAAUCAGAUAGAUGUUUCGCGACGAGUAAUACGUUAUUAUUAUUUCGUAAGCUUCGUAAGAGAUUAAAGGUGAACCGGUCGGGUCGAUCCCGAUCCUGAUUUACUCGUAUGACAUAUUUUGGAGUGACAAUAAUACUCUGUUAGGAGAGCUAGAUUCGUUUACGUAUAAUUUCCAAAAUCGCCGUACCGAAUGCGGGAAGUAUCAAUCGACAUUAAUCGUAUCGUAAUCGAAUAAAUAAUCGCAAAUUAGAACAAAUUGACAUGCGUCAUUUGAUUAAUUAAUUAAUUGAAUUUAAAAUAAAUAAUAAAGUGCAAAUAUUUUUUAAAUUAAUAAUACAUUUAAAGAGUACAAUUAUAACGCUGACAUCAACAAAUGUUCUAAAGUGACUCGGACAAAUGCCGUAACACCAAUAACAUUAUACAUAUAAAAUAUAUAUAUUUCUCUCGGUUGUUUAUCAAAUUUAUGUUGUGAUUGUAUAUACAUAAUAUUAUUAUAUUAUACAUUUUGUAAUGAAUAUACAUAUUAGUGCCAGAUAGGUUUUUGUAUGGACGUUUAUAUGAGACGCGACGGAGCUCCACGAAGGACGAAUACAAACUGUACGUUACUAGUAAAGAGGAGUGACUUGAUGCCUUGUACAUAGUAAAUUGUAAGAAAUGUGUAGUUUUCACUCUAUAUUUUAAUUUAUAUUGUAAACUGUAUUUAUAAGUAAUCGGAAAAGGAGAUACAUAGUAACAUAAUAAUGUUUGGUUAAGGAGUUAGGGGAGUGUAUGGGCCGUGCCUGAGCCCGGCGUGGCGGGCGGCACUGUUAAGACAAUUACUUUACGUGAUUCUGUACAUGUUGUUAGAGAGCUUGCAGCGUUCGAGUAGUGUAGGGCGUUACCAGCGCUGGACCAGCGCAGACUUACUCUACUUAAAUUAUUACCCUUUAGUUUAUUAUUAAAACGAGUUCUUACAUGCUUAUGUCACGAAAUUGGUACUUACGAUCCGCACAAAUAUUAUUUUAAUUUUUUUUAGUUCGUUAUUUAUUUAUUGUAAACAACAUGUACCUAGCUGAUUUUUUGUUGUAAACAAAGCGAAGUUUACUUAAACCGAUUUAUUUUAAAAUGUCAAUAUGGUAUAGUAAAACAGGUGCCUUUAGAACUGGGUUCCCACGACAUUAAUUCACUUGAUUGGUGAAAAGUUUUUGGUCGUUAUCAAAAAUAUCAAUAGAAAAUGUUCAAAAAUAUCUUUACACAUGAGUUGAACUAUGUGAUUCGUAAGGUAUUAAUAUUAUGUUAGCAUGUUUGAGAACUUUUACUGUGAUAUAUUUUUGAUAUCGACUGGACAAUCACAGCUUAUCGUUGUCGUGUGAGCCCGAUCUUAUUAUUUUGUUCAUCGCAUUUUAUUUUAUUUUUUUAUUAUUGUUGUAACAAAUAUCAUUUGUAUUGUUUUUAUUUCUCUUAUCACAAAGCAUCUCGAUCGAAACUCGCGUAUUUGUACUUGAUUUUGUUAUUGUUUUAGUUCUAAAUUUCACGUUAUUAGUGAUGUAAUUACAUUUCUUUUUUGUUUUGUUGCUUCUUUAUUUUUAAGCCAUUAGAAAUUCUCGCUUUUGAUUAGAAACAAAUUUAAAUUUUAAUAUAGCAAUAAUUAAUUGCUUAGAAAUUUCAUUUGGAAUGUUGAAAUGCAUUUGCAAGAAUGCAAGUAUGAUGAAUUAUUUUCAUGUGCCCUUUCCUUAGCGCACACAUAUGCCAUGAAUAAAAAUGAAAAGUCGAUUUCAAAAUAAUUUAAGAAUAUCCUAAACCGAAGCCAAAAUCUACUGACAUUUUUUAAAUAUAAUUAAUAGAUCGAUGAACAAGAAGCGCUGGUUGAAAGCGUUAGAUGAUUAUUUAGGAAAUUGUAAAAACUGUUUUCUUUUUAUAUUAGCAUCUUGUGUUGAUAGCAUGUAUAAUUUGUUUUUUUAUUCGCGUUAAGAAUUAUGUAUAAAUUUGUUUUCCUCUAAUUUUAUUAUUUGUGUAACUAUACCUUAUGUUAUUAAAGAUAAACAAUACAUUAAUUUUUAUGUACGAAU